AGUCUUCGGUCCCUCCCUACUGCACUUAUUGGGGGCGGGUAAAACUCCCAUUCAACCCGGAACUGCGAAAACAAUCAAUUACUCCUAUAACUUGUAAAUAUACUUUAAUCACAACACUAUUUGGAUACUGGACAUUUUCGUUGAAAUCGUCGUUUUUUACGUUGAAGUAUAUGAAUGCGGCUUGCCUUCACAACCGCGCUCUUCGGAAAUAAAGUUUGAACAGGUGAAGGAGUCUCCAUCACUCUGGUAGAUCGGCCAGUCAAGGUCCAAUUCAAAGGCAAAGAGUGAGAUCAUUGACAUCAAGAUGCCACAGCAGAAGGACAUUGUGAAGAUUGCGAUCCAAAUGCCAGGGGCCUACCCUCAACUCAUCCAGCUGGACCAGAAAAAGCCCCUCAGUGCUGUCAUAAAAGAAGUCUGUGACCGGUGGAAUCUGCAGGGCCCAGACAACUACGCCCUUCAGUAUGCAGAUGGUGUCCAGACCUACAUCACAGAGUCUAAUCGUCUGGACAUUAAGAAUGGCAGUAUUCUACGCUUGACAAAAGCCCCUGGCCGAUGUGCUGAAGACUUGUUUAAGGGCAUACAGAGCUCAGACUCCGGGGUACGCUGUGACUCCCUGAAACAGCUGGCCUCCUUGUCAACGGAUGUCACAUUUGCCCAAGAAUUCAUCAGUCGCAAUGGACACACCUUGUUGGUGAAGAUUGUAGAGGAUACUAAUGAGCCUCCUCUCAUUAUGACGCAUACAUUGAUGGGCUUCAUGGAACUGAUGGAUCACGGGAUUGUGUCUUGGGAGAACCUGUCCUUAGUCUUCAUAAAGAAGAUCGCCAGCUUUGUGAACGCUAAGGCCAUGGACGCCUCCAUCCAGCAGGUGGCGCUAGCCAUGCUGGAGAGCAUGGUCCAGAGCAGCAGCAGCCUCUUCCGCCAUGUCAUGCAGGAGGUCACACUGGAGAGGCUCAUCUCACACCUGCAGGUGAUAAACCAGCAAAUACAGACAAAAGCCAUGGCCCUGUUGAUGGCAUUGCUACAGACAGCUGGGGACGAAGACAGACAGGAGCUGUUUGAUUUCCUUUCAAAGAAAAACCUUCGGCAAUACAUUUACAAGGACAUCAUACACAGCUCGAGUACUGUGGGGGAUGAGAUGGCCCACUACCUGUACGUGCUGCAGUCCCUCUCCCUCAACCAGCUGGAGCCGCGCAUGAGAACACCUCUUGAUUCCUACAGUCAGGAUCAGAGGGAGACGCUGCACGGGCUGAGACAGGCUGCGUUUGAGACGGAGAGCGAGAGCAGCUUGAGUCACGAGCGCCGGCGCUCCCUCUGUGCAAAGGAGUUCAAAAAGCUGGGCUUUUCUACCAACAGCAACCCUGGGCAGGACCUGAACCGCACGCCUCCAGGUCUUCUGGCUUUGGACACCAUGGCCUACUUCUCCUCCCGCUAUCCUGAUGCUUUCAGCAGGUUUGUUCUGGAGAACAGCAGUCGGGAGGACAAACAUGAGUGUCCAUUUGCCCGCAGCAGCAUUCAGCUCACACUUACCCUCUGUGAAAUAUUACGCAUAGGAGAACCACCCUCAGAGACGGGCUCGCACUACCACCCCAUCUUCUUCUCCCAGGACCGGCUGCUGGACGAGCUCUUCUGCAUCUGUAUCCAGCUGCUCAACAAGACCUGGAAAGAGAUGAGGGCCACCCAGGAGGACUUUGAUAAGGUAAUGCAAGUUGUACGGGAGCAGAUCACAAGGACUCUGUCCAGUAAGCCGACCUCUCUGGAGCUGUUUAAGAACAAAGUCAACGCGCUGAACUACAGUGAGAUCCUCAAGCUGCGUCAGACCGAGCGACUGCACCAGGAGGAGACUCUUGCCCCUCCGGUCCUUGAACUGAAGGAGCGUUUGAAGCCAGAGCUCUUGGAGCUGAUUCGCCAGCAGAGACUCAAUCGCCUGUGCCAUGGCACACUGUUCCGUAAGAUCAGCAGCCGCCGGAGACAGGACAAACUGUGGUACUGCCGCCUCUCACCCAACCACAAGAUGCUUCACUAUGGGGACGUGGACGAAGAAGCAGAGAUGCCUUCGAUUGAAGCCCUUCAAGAGAAGAUUCCUGUGGCUGACAUCAAGUCUUUGCUGACUGGGAAGGACUGUCCACACAUGAAGGAGAACAAGGGCAAACAGACAAAGGAAGUGCUGGACCUUGCAUUCACCAUAACAUACGACGUAGAGGAGUAUAGCCUGAAUUUCAUCGCCUCGUCCAGGACAGAUUUCUGCCUGUGGACGGACGGGCUGAGCGUGCUGCUGGGCCGGGACAUGAGCAGUGAGUGCAUGCGCAGUGAGCUGGAGAUCCUCCUCUCCAUGGAGAUCAAGCUGCGCCUCCUGGACCUGGAGAACGUGCCGAUCCCAGACCGAGCCCCGGCCGUGCCCAACCCCCCGAGCAACUUUAACUUCUGUUACGACUUCAGCCAGGCUGAGCAGUAGCGUCACGCAGGGGGUCUGGUGAGCGGGAGUCAGUCAGAGGAGGCGCAGCUCCGGUCUCCUCAGAGGCAGCCUCCUCAGCGCAGGAGAAGGAGAAGGAGAAGGAGAAGGAGAAGGAUUACAGGUGGCUUGGUAUGAGUGUGUGGAAGGAUGGAGACUGAAGAUGCUGCUUGUGUUGCUCUUAAAGAUGUUCAUGUUAACAUGCUAAACUGGAUGACACUUUGCGUAGCCAUGGUAACUGAAAAAGAGGCAUUCAUUUUAAAACGGUUGAGAGCUUGUAAUAAUUGUUUUCAUUUUCUGUUUUUCUUCAUGAGUCCAAGUCAUUUCUUCAUUUUUCUUUCACAUUCAUGUGGUUGUCACUCCUCCUUGUUGAGCACUGUGUCAGACCUUCAUUUCUGCUUUCUGUCGUACUCUUCUGUUCCUUCACGGCAUUCAAGUGACUUUAUCAGCGUAGCAGCUGGAAGCAGACAGCUUUUUAAAGGGGUGGAUAGGAGAACAUUUGGUACUUGCCUUUGGUGUAUUCAUCAGUAAAAAAUAAAUAAUUCAAACUGGUACUUGAGUAGCAGUGGUCGUAGUAAGACCUGAAACAGUACUUAACAGCACCACUGUAAUUACUUAUGGCGAUUAGCUGAAAUGGUGAUCUUUGGUACUGAAUUUUCUGGGGAUUAGCCUAAGUUGCGGCUGCUUGGCGGCUGCCCCCACUCCCCGUACCAGACCGGGUUGGGUUCAUUUGACAGCUUGUUUGCCUUGCUAUGCUGAGUUUUGGCCAGCAAGCAUGAUGAUUUGAGGAAAUGAUUUCACUUUAUUCCUCUAUAGUCUCUAAUGCUUGUAUCUAUUUGGAAUAAAAAUAACAGCCAGAUAUUAGGCUAAUGCUACAAAAUAGGAUGCUGUGUUCUGUUGCUUAACUGUAUAACUUACAGAAACUGCUAGGGGGCCAAAAACAACUCAACUUAUACUAAACAUAAGUUGGAAAAAAAAUUAUUUCUUCAGUGUUGAAUUUUAAAUAGUUUUGUCAUCCUCACUUAGGAUAUCAAAGAUUGUUAAUAUGUAAAGAAAAUAGGUACAGAAUGUAUGAUACUUUUAUGUUACUAUGAAAAACUAACAAGAUAUUGUAUAAUAUAUGCAAAGAUGUGUUCCAGUCCCUACAUCUCAGAACUCAGAGUUUGAGGCCGACAGGACUCCCACAUCUGGGAGCAACUCAUACUCUGGUACUGAAAUACACUGAUGUCCCACAGCUGAGAGGGGUGGCUUACCUUCUAAAACUUGAUAAAUGCACAUCCAUCAUUGUUUUAUGUUGUGUUCUGUUGUGAAUGAGGGCCAGUACUUUCAGCUGAACCCUUUUGAGGUAUUCAUUUGGUUAAAACAUUAACCUAAACCUGCUCUUUCGCUUCCAUCUUCAUUUAAGCCAGUUUCUCCAUGGUUGUUUGCGUAUGUUUAAUGUUAUACAUGUCUGGGUCUUUUGGCUGUUGCCACAAGGUAUUUCAUUUGUGAUGCAUUGAUUGAAAAAAAUCUAAUUAAAUUCACUAUAAACACAUUGCAUCCUGGUCUACAGAGUGAGGAAAAUCAUCUUUUUGUUAUUUUUAAUUUUGUUUCCGAAAAUAGACAUAUUAAAAUCAAAAGCACCUGCCAUUGACCUUUUAUAUUUGAUUCCAAAGUAACACCCAAUCAAUUCAGCAUGUUUCACAUGACCGCUACAUAUGAUUUAUUGUUUUUGGAGCUUCCUCUAAAUGAUUUGUAGUGAGGUACUACAUAUAUAUUUAUUAAUGUUUAUAUUGAUGAUGUGCACAGACUUCUAAUGCCAUUCACCAUGACAGAAAGACAACAGAUCAUUCUUAAGUUAAACAUCUUUGCAACAUGAUGUGUCAUUGUUUCAGUGGUGGUCCUUUGUACUGUAAUUGUUAGGCUUGGAAAAAAUAUAUUGUUUUGGAAUUUGUGUCAUUGUAAAUUUUUAAGCUGAAAUUUUCAUAUUUACAGCAAAUUAAUAUUGGUACCAAACAUUGGUCAUUUAUAUCAGUAUAAAUCCAGGGAAAAUAAUAUGAAUAAUCUCAUGAUCUUGUUAAAACUUUCUACCUACUUUAACCUUUUGUGAAUAGACAUAGACAUUAUUAACCUUUUAUACUAAUUUCCCCUGGAACCAUAAACCAAAGGGCAAACCACAAGGAAUGCGAGAAGUGUCCAGCUGUAAUUAUUUCUCUUUACACUACACUAAUACUAACCUGUUCUUUCUCAUUGUUUAAUGUAGAAAUGAACCUGUGCCAUUGUGUUGCCAUGGUGUUGCCAUGCUAAUUACUAUAACAUCUAAUGCUAGACCGUCUUUAAAUCUACAGUGACGUGUAUUUUUUCUUUACAUAUGUUUCUACAUUGAUUUAAUUUCUGUUCAAAUUGUACCUUUUUUAUUAGCAUCAUUUGCAGAGGAAGGAUUGUUUAGUAAUGAUGUAAUUGUCAGAUGUUGUCGGAAAUGUCAAGAACUCCAUAUACCUCCACUGAUUGUCUGAGUCUGUUUUACUUAGAGCUUGGGUUUUUUUUUAAUUCACAUUUUCACAUGUUUUUCUGAAUUCAGUUCAGUGACUUUUAAACUGUGAUCUGUAAACUGAUUUCACCCCCAAUCCUAUGAAACUAGGAUACAGAAAUGCAUAGUCUAAGUGUAAUCAUCUACUUAAUGUUUGGUUUGCAAAAUCCAGGCCUUGGUUUUGCCGUGUGAAUUUUCAUGCUCUCUGCUCUGUAUACAAAUGAGGAGUGGAAUGGCUCCCAAAAAUCACUUUGGAAAAGAUCAGUUCAGUUCAGUUCAGCUUGGCUUGGUAUGGUACUAUUCUGUAAAGGUAUGGUACUAUUCUGUAAAGGUAUGGUACUAUUCUGUAAAGGUAUGGUACUAUUCUGUAAAGGUAUGGUACUAUUCUGUAACGGUAUGGAACUAUUCUGUAAAGGUAUGGUACUAUUCUGUAAAGGUAUGGUACUAUUCUGUAAAGGUAUGGUACUAUUCUGUAAAGGUAUGGAACUAUUCUGUAAAGGUAUGGUACUAUUCUGUAAAGGUAUGGAACUAUUCUGUAAAGGUAUGGUACUAUUCUGUAAAGGUAUGGUACUAUUCUGUAAAUUUGACUAGGCAUGAAGGGGAGGCAACACACAUUGCUGGUUUUAGUAUUCUUCUCAUUCUUAUUUAUUUUGUAACUCUCUUAAAUAAAAUCAACUCUUACAU